AGCCACCUGGGCUCAAGCCUUGGCGCAGCUCUGCGUCCCGCAGCCCAGUCCAGUUGUUGCCCGGGCGCCGCCGGGCACGCACCACAUGGAGUGCCCGCCGCCCCUGGGUGGCGGGAGCCUGGCGGAGUUCUCGGCAAGGCAGCUGGAACAGCUGCAGAGCUUGGUGCGGGCUGCGAUGCGGGAGGAGAUCGGGGCGCAGCGACUUCAUGGCGAGGCUUUGCUCCAGGAGUGCCGGGCCUCAGGCAGCAGCAGUCGUUCUGCCAGCAGCCGUCGGGUCGCGAACGCGCUGGUGGCACGAGCGCUCAGUGGAGGGCACCCGCGGUGGAAGGCUGCGGACGAGCCGGUAGUUGCAGAGGGGGAUUUGGGGGCUUCCCCUGAGACCACCCAGCCGACAUCAUUGGAGUCUACGGGACUUGGUUCUGGUUGGAACAGGUCGAGCACUGUCCACGCCAUCCUCAUGGAAGGGAGGUCAGCGUUCACAGUAGAUGCGAACGCCUCUUGGUGGCAAGUUACACAGUGCUGGAUCAAGACGGUCGUUCACAGCUCGUAUUUCGACAUAGUGAUGGGUGUGAUCAUCGUUAUGAAUUGCGUAUUCAUCGGCGUAGAAGUGCAGGUUAGAUUGGAUGGGCACGACAUGGACGUCGUAUCUUGGUUGAAUUCGAUCUUCUUGAUCUGGUUUGUGGUUGAAGCCUUACUGCGCGUGAUAGCCGAUGGCAGGAGCGCGUUUCAGAGUCCUUGGUUCCGCUUUGAUAUUAUCCUCGUUUUUGGUGGCGUUCUCGUUUCUUGGGUCAUCAUGCCUAUAAUGGCAAUGUCGGGUGGCACCGAGGAAAUACCGUAUGCGUCUCAGCUCCUGACUUUGCGGAUUCUUCGGCUUCUUCGGACGGUCAGGGUAUUCCGGACGAUGAAAGCGUUCAGCGAAUUGUGCAGACUAUGCAACGGACUUUUGAGGUCAUUGCGCACGAUGCUAGCAGUGGUCUUGUUGGUAGGCCUUGCCAUUUUUAGCUUCGCUGUUCUCGGAGUUGAUCUAAUAACAUAUUCGGAAAGCCUCAAGGCGAACGACGAGACCCGUAUGAUAGUCGAGUCGAGAUUCUCGAGCUUGCCGGAUUUCAUGCUCACGUUAUCGCAGUUCACGACCGCAGAUUCCUUGGCGGGCAUCUACUAUCCAUUGUGUCAGGUGCAGCCUCUGCUCGGGCUGUAUUUCGCAGCGUUAUGGAUGGUGAUAACCGUGGCUCUGAUGAAUCCACCAGGCUUUCGCCACAGACUCCUCCAUGAAGCCCGCAGGACAGGAGUUUGUGGAGCAACUCAUGGGAGCCGUAUGUCUUCACAAUUCCGUAUUUCGAGCGCGUGAGCGUCCGCUAGUGCUUGCUAGUCGAUGAGCAAAUGUCAGUCGAGCGUCGAUUAACGUCACUUGGCGUCGAUUUGCAAGAGCCAACAAGUUGGCAUGCAUGAGAGGCUCCCAUGAGUUGCCACAGAAGGGAGUCACGGCGAGCCCCAAAGAGGAAUGAACGUGC